GUGGACGCCUCUGAGUAAGCAUCGGUGAAAUCUCCUCUCCUGUGGUCGUCAUGUCUAAGUCAGAGUCCCCCAAAGAGCCGGAGCAGCUACGGAAGCUCUUUAUCGGAGGUCUGAGCUUUGAAACAACAGAUGAGAGCCUGAGGAGCCAUUUUGAGCAAUGGGGAGCGCUCACAGACUGUGUGGCGAUGAGAGAUCCAAACACCAAGUGCGCCAGAGACUUCGAGUUUGUCACACAUGCCACUGUGGAGGAGGUGGAUGCAGCCAGGAAUGCAAGGCCACACACGGUGGAUGGAAGAGUUGUGGAACCGAGGGCUGCGUCAAGAGAAGAUUCUCAAAGACCGGGUGCCCACUUAACCGUGAAAAAGAUUUUUGUUGGUGGAAUUAAAGACACUGAAGAACAUCACCUAAGAGAUUAUUUUGAACGGUAUGGGAAAAUUGAAGUGACUGAAAUCAUGACUGAUCGAGGCAGUGGCAAAAAGAGAGGCUUCGCUUUUGUAACCUUUGAUGACCAGGAUUCUGUAGACAAGAUUGUCAUUCAGAAAUACCACACUGUAAAUGGCCACAACUGUGAAGUAAGGAAAGCCCUAUCUAAGCAAGAGAUGGCUAGUGCUUCAUCCAGCCAAAGAGGUCGAAGCGGUUAUGGAAACUUUGGAGGUGGUCGUGGAGGUGGUUUUGGUGGGAAUGACAACUUUGGCUGUGGAGGAAACCUCAGCGGUCGAGGUGGCUUUGGUGGUAGCCGUGGUGGUGGUGGUUCUGGUGGCAGUGGGGAUGGCUAUAAUGGAUUUGGGAAUGAUGGAAGCAAUUUUGGAGGUGGCAGAAGCUACAAUGAUUUUGGCAAUUACAACAAUCAAUCUUCAAAUUUUGGACCCAUGAAAGGAGGAAACUUUGGAGGCAGAAGCUCUGGCCCCUAUGGUGGUGGAGGCCAAUACUUUGCCAAACCACGAAAUCAAGGUGGCUAUGGCGGUUCCAGCAGCAGCAGUAGCUACGGCAGUGGCAGAAGGUUUUAGUUGCUGCCAGGAAACAAAGCUUUAGAAGGAGAGG